GCGGGCCCCGGCCCAGCACCGUCUCCCCCUCCGGCAGGCGGAUGGGCUCCCCGCCGGCCACCGGGACGAGCUCGAACCCCGGCAUGUGUUCACCCGGCCGGUCCGGAGGGAAACCGCGGCUCGGUUCGGCUGCCGGGUUAGCAGGUCUUUGGGUUAUUAUGCAGCAUGAGCCCGACAGGACAUCGCCUUGUGUGUUUCUCCUCUGUGAGGGAGACUCCUGGCUGAUACCCGCUGGCGAGACCCACCCGGGGAACUUUGCCGAGACACUGCCGACAGAGAUGAGCCUGAAAAUCUUUGGAGAGCUGGACACCGAGAGCCUCUGCAGCGCCUCACGCACCUGCAAGCUGUGGCAUCACAUCAUCGAGGAGAGCGAGCAGCUGUGGAGGCAGCAGUGCCUGCUGGUCAGAGCCGUCUGCCAGAGGGAGAUCGACAGCGACCGCAGGGACGGCCUGUCCUGGAAGGUGACGCUGGUGAGGAACUACAGGAGGAGCUUACUGAAGAGAGACUGGCUGCAGGGCCGAUUCAGCAACGUGCGAUCAGCCGAGGAGCUGCGAGGCCGGACGAUGCUACCGCUGGACGCCGAGACCUGGGGCGAGAUCCUACAGGCCGAGCUGGACAGAUGAGCCGACACACAGCACUUCACAUGUACCUGUUGUUUUUUUUUUUUUGAAACGUUAAUAUAUUUUACACUUUUACUGUUACAGAUGACUGAAUGAAGAAAAAUUGUAAAUACCUGCAUGUUUUUUUAAUCAAUUUUUUAAAAUCUUUUUUUAAAAAUUAUGUAACGGAACAAGUGAAAUGAAAUGAAUCUGUUAAAUCAGAAUUGAUGGACAAAAUCAGUGAUGUAAGCUUAGGGGUUUCAUUGCAAUGAUGUAAAUAUACUUUAUAUAAUCAGA